AUGGAGAGUUUGGGUGGAACGGGCAGGAUUCAACUCGAGACGCUGUCCUCCGGAAACUACUUCGACCUAUUGCUGAAGCUAAUGUUCUAUACAAACGGAAAUCCCGUUGAAGAUUAUGGCAAAGACAUGAAGCCGACUGAUCGCUUGAAUGAUCAGAAAAGAGCUGGUGAGAAGAUUGAACGAUGCAACGACAUGGAAGAAAUGCAUGAACAGCCCUAG